UACAGGACAGCCAUUUUUUGGCCCAUCACCUGCCACCAACGAAGUCCCCCCACCUAACUGACCAUGCUGAGAACUGAAAGGAUGAUGCGCAACUGACGGCGCAUUAUAUCCACAACACGAUGCAAACACGGCGCUCAAACAAGACCAAGCGCUUUCUCGACGUGGUCCUUGUUGACAGUGACGACGAGGACGGUUGGCAAUCACCAGUCAGCAACGAGCCGGGCGACGAGAAUUUCGCCGCCGGCGAUGCUCUCGGCGCGGAGCUGGGUGCGGGAGCCGAUGCUGGCGGGGAACCGGAAGACGACGACGAUGAGGACGAAGAAUUCGACUCUGAUGUCGACGACGAGAACGUCGGCGAGGCUCGUAGAAGGCAGACUGCAGGGACGACUUCCGCCCCGCUGCGGACCGGGAAGCGCCGGCGUGACUACCAUGAGCUGCCGGUUUACCCCCUCGAGUCUCGUAUCCUGACCCGCGUCUACACGGGCGAGCUGAAACGACAGGCCAGAAACACCGCCCUGCGAGAUGUCAUGUACGGUCCGCAAUACGAAUGUGCCAAGCUGAUCUGGGACCUGAGGGACCGAUGGCUGGACCACCCCGUCCUGCCCGCCGCCGUCCCUCGCAAGGACCCGAUGGGCGUUUUGCCAAGCCCCUGGGUACCGCCUCACUUUGAGGCCAGCCAAGAGGCAGCCGCCUGUGAAUGGUAUAGGAACUACCGAGCCGACGCGUCCGCCGUCCAGCGGUCGCACGCCAUGGUGUCUAAGACCGGCCAGAAACUUAUCCCCGAAGCCGAAGGGGACGUAAUUACCCUGCUUGGCCCCCUAGAUGGCCUGGAGGAGUACAGGCUUAAGCAGGGAGAUAGUAUCGCGCUGUCGUCAUUCAACCUGCCGGUUGAUGCCCCGGGGAGCCUGGGCGAGCCGCCGACUGGAUGGAUCUUCGACGUCGGAGGGCUUGUGCUUGCCAUGGACUGGGCACCGAUUGCACGCGGCGGCGAGCAAGUCCUUGCGUUGGCCGUGAUCCCGCACUCCGACCAGGCGGCACGGAGGGAAGGCGACGGGGACCCGCUCCAGGAGGAAUCGAGUGCAGGGAGUAUCCAGUUUUGGGGAUUCUCUGGGGAGGAAGGAACCCAAGAACGCCUGCCACGCCCGUCUCGACGGCUGCCGAAGUUCCUGGCCGCGAAAUGCUUCGAUUGGGGACGACCCAAACGCCUUCAAUUUUGUCCAGUCCCUCUAGACGGGGCAGGCAUUUGCGCGAUGCUGGCCGUUCUUUGUGGAGAUGGCCGGGCUCGGGUCAUUGAAGUUGAGACUCUCGAUCACUCUGCCGAUGCGACCCAAUUCGAAUGGGUGGAAUCCCCCGUCGCUACCCUUGGCAUAACAGACGACUACAACAUCCAGGCCACCUGCCUCACCUGGACCGGGACCAACCGCGUCGCGCUGGGCCACAGCGACGGCACCGUGACUCUCUGGUCCAUCCACCCCUGCCAGCUCCUCCAGCGGCACGCCGUGCACACCAGCUUCGUCCUCGACAUCAGCUCGGGCUACCCGUCGCAGCCGUACCUCGUCGCGUCGGUGCCCGUGGGCGGCAGCCCCGCGUUGACGGACCUCUCGCAACCCACCUCGGAGAGCACCUUCAUCCCCUCCCCGGCCAUCGCCUUCCAGCCGGGCCUCCUGAGCUGGAACGACCACAUGCAAGGGUGGAUAGGCACGUACCCGCUCCCCGGCCCCGGCGCCACCGCCCUCGCCUUCCUGCACGCCCGCUACUUCGUCCAGCCCCGCACCAUGACCAUCCUCCCGAGCGCGCCCAUGUCCCUGUCCGCGGCCGGGCCCCACCCCUUCCUCCUCGUCGGGUGCGCGGACGGGUCGCUGUGGAGCUUCAACGCGCUCACCAGGCUGUUCAGGCUUAAGGACGAGCAGACGGUCAAGCUCAAGGUCCUGGAGCACGAGUUCCGGCGUCCCGACGCGUUCGAGCUGCCGGAUGUCGAUGGCCUGGGGCCCCCUCUGCGGGGGGCCACGAGGGUCGUGCAGGGCUUCCGGCCCGUGGUCAACGAGGACCCCAGGGUGGAGAGGCUGAGGGAGCACAUGCGGCGCAAGAAGGCGCAGAAGGGCAAGACCAAGUCCGGGAAGCGGAGGGGCCGCCCGCCCAAGAACCCGCCCGGCCCGGACGCCGGCGGCGGGGUCGACGGCGACGCCGGGGACGCGGCCGCCGGGGAUCCCUGGGUGGGCGAUCCCCGGUUCGUCAUCCACGAGCCGCUGACGCGGGUGGCGGCGGUUGCCUGGAACCCGAAUGUGGACUUUGGCUGCUGGGCUGCCGUGGCGUUUGGGUCCGGACUCGUGAGGGUGAUGGAUUUGGGGGUGGAGUGAGAGGCGUCUGUCUGAGCGACUGGUCAGAUGGAAAUCACGCGAAGCACGUCAUUGCUUUGAGGGACAAGCCUGCAGAGAAGGUGCCAAAGAGCCAGCUAAGAUGGCUUUUUCUAUGAGCCGAG